UUCAGCACAACUGAGUUUCUGCCAUUGGUGGGCUUUGGUUUCAGAUACUUCCCCAGAAUGAAAAGGAAAACUGGAAAAGCUGAAAAGUAUCUCUCUCUUCUCAAGAUGGUUCUGGCAUUCAGCUGGCUCAGAUUUGCAUUCUUCAUUUCUGCUAUAUUCCCAGGAGCAUUAGCAGAAUGUCCUGACCAUAGUCCUGACUUAGUUCCCUGGUUUCCUGGCCAUGAUGAAGAUCAUCAUGUUCACAUUGGUGAAGGCAGAAGACUUCUGCUUAUAUCCUCAGCCACGGUACAUUCCAUCCACAUCACAGACGGAGGAAAACUGGUUAUUAAGGAUAACACCGAGCCAAUUGUUUUGCGAACUCGACAUAUACUUAUUGAGAAUGGUGGAGAAAUGCAUGUUGGAAGUGAGACUUGCCUUUUCCAGAGUAAUUUCAGCAUUGUCUUGUUUGGAAGAGCUGAUGAUGGCAGUGAGUCUGAUGAGUACUACGGAUUAAAGUACAUUGGUGUUCGCCAAGGUGGCACUCUGGAGAUGCAUGGGCAGAAGAAGCUUUCCUGGACUUUUUUGAAUAAGACACUCCACCCAGGAGGGAUGAAUGAAGGGGGAUACUACUUUGAAAGGAGCUGGGGUCAUCGUGGUGUCAUUGUUCAUGUCAUUAAUCCCAAACUUGGUGCUGUCAUUCAUUCGGACAGGUUUGAUACUUACAAAUCCAAGAAAGAGAGUGAGCGUCUGGCACAGUAUUUGAACACAGUGGCUGAUGGCAUGAUCCUUUCCGUGGCUGUGAAUGAUGAAGGAUCUCAAAACCUAGAUGACACGGCCAGGAAAGCCAUGACCAAACUGGGCAGCAAACAUUUCCUGCGCCUGGGAUUUAGGCAUCCUUGGAGUUUUCUGACUGUGAAAGGAGAUCCUUCAUCUUCUGUUGAAGACCACAUAGAAUAUCAAGGUCACCGAAGCUCAGCUGCAGCCAGAGUUUUUAAAUUAUUCCGAACUGAAAAUGGGGAACAUUUCAAUGUUUCUUCAUCCAGUGAGUGGGUGCAAGAUGUGGAAUGGACAGAGUGGUUUGACAAGCAUGAAAUGGCUCCAUCAAAGGGUGGAGAGAAAAUUUCAGAUCUGAGGGCAGCUCAUCCAGGAAAAAUUUGUAUUCGUCCCAUUGAUAUCCAGGCCACUACAGUGGAUGGAAUUAAUUUAACCACUGAGGUCGUCUACAAAAGUGGCCAGGAUUACAGGUUUGUGUGCUACAGUAAGAACAAAGCCUGCCAGAAUUACCGAGUGAGGUUCCUAUGUGGUAAAUCGGUGAGACCCAAAAUCACCGUCACUAUUGACACCAAUGUGAACAGUACAAUUCUGAGGCUAACAGAUAAUGUUCAGUCCUGGAAAGCUGGAGACACCUUAGUCAUUGCUAGCACAGACUACUCCAUGUACCAGGCUGAGGAAUUCCAGAUACUGCCCUGCAAAACUUGCACUGCCUAUGAAGUCAAAGUGGCAGGAAAACCAAUGUAUCUCCAUAUUGGAGAAGAAAUAGAUGGUGUGGACAUGAGAGCAGAAGUGGGACUCCUGAGCCGAAACAUUCUGAUCAUGGGAGAGACACAGAGAACAUGCUAUCCCUAUAAAAACCAGAUCUGCAGCUUCUUUGAUUUUGAUACUUUUGGUGGGCAUAUCAAGUUUGGGCCUGGAUUUAAGGCAGUUCAUCUUGAAGGUAUUGAGCUAAAACAUAUGGGUCAGCAGAUCAUGGGACAGUAUCCAAUCCACUUCCACCUGGCUGGUGAUGUCGAUGAAAAGGGAGGCUAUGACCCGCCAACUUAUGUGAAAGAUCUCUCCAUCCACCAUACAUUCUCCCGCUGUGUCACAGUCCAUGGCUCUAAUGGAUUGUUGGUUAAAGAUGUUGUGGGAUAUGACUCUCUGGGCCACUGCUUCUUUACUGAAGAUGGACCUGAGGAACGGAACACCUUCGAUCACUGCCUUGGACUGCUGGUCAAGGCUGGAACUCUCCUUCCCUCCGAUAGGGACAGCAGAAUGUGCAGGAUGAUUACAGAGGAUUCCUAUCCAGGAUACAUUCCCAAACCCAGGCAGGAUUGCAAUGCUGUAUCUACCUUCUGGAUGGCAAAUCCCAACAACAACCUUGUGAAUUGUGCUGCGGCAGGUUCUGAGGAAACUGGAUUUUGGUUUAUUUUUCACCACGUACCUACAGGUCCCUCAGAAGGAAUGUAUUCCCCAGGCUACUCAGAGCACAUUCCACUGGGAAAAUUCUAUAACAACCGGGCUCAUUCCAACUAUCGGGCUGGUAUGAUCAUUGACAAUGGAGUCAAAACCACAGAAGCAUCUGCUAAGGACAAGAGGCCUUUCCUUUCCAUCAUCUCUGCCAGAUACAGCCCACACAAAGAUGCUGACCCUCUGAAGCCCAGGGAACCUGCCAUCAUUAAGCAUUUUAUUGCUUACAAAAACCAGGACCAUGGAGCAUGGCUCCGAGGAGGAGAUGUGUGGAUGGACCACUGCCAGUUUGCUGACAAUGGAAUUGGCCUGACCCUAGCCAGUGGUGGAACAUUCCCUUAUGAUGAUGGUUCAAAGCAAGAAAUAAAGAAUAGUUUGUUUGUUGGAGAGAGUGGCAAUGUGGGAACAGAGAUGAUGGAUAAUAGAAUUUGGGGACCUGGAGGUCUAGAUCACAGUGGAAGAACACUCCCAAUAGGCCAGAAUUUCCCAAUCCGAGGAAUUCAGUUCUAUGACGGCCCCAUCAACAUCCAAAACUGCACAUUCCGAAAAUUUGCAGCUCUGGACGGCCGGCAUACAAGUGCCCUGGCAUUUCGCCUCAAUAAUGCCUGGCAGAGUUGCCCCAAUAACAAUGUGUCAAAUAUUGUUUUUGAAGACGUCCCGAUUACUUCCAGAGUGUUCUUUGGGGAACCUGGGCCUUGGUUCAACUUGCUGAAUAUGGACGGAGAUAAGACAUCCGUUUUUCAUGAUAUCGAUGGCUCUGUGUCGGAAUACCCUGGCUCCUAUAUCAUUAAGGAGGACAACUGGCUAAUCAAGCAUCCUGACUGCGUCAACGUCCCUGACUGGAGAGGUGCUAUUUGUAGUGGACGGUAUGCACAGAUCUACAUCCAGGCCUAUAAAACCAAUAACCUGGGAAUGAAAAUCAUCAAAAAUGACUACCAUGACCAUCCUCUUCACCUAGAGGGGGCUUUAACAAAAAGCACCCAUUACCAGCAGUACCAACCAGUCAUCACCUUGAAGAAGGGCUACACCAUCCACUGGAAUCAGACAGCACCAGCAGAAUUAACCAUCUGGCUCAUCAACUUCAAUAAGGGUGACUGGAUACGAGUUGGAUUUUGCUACCCCAAAAAUACAACGUUUUCCCUUCUCUCAGACGUCCAUAACCGCCUCUUGAAGCGAACCUCUAAGACAGGCACCUUUGUAAGGACCAUGCAGAUGGAAAAAGUGGAACAGAGCUAUCCUGGCAGGAACCACUAUUACUGGGAUGAAGACACAGGGCUGCUUUUCCUGAAACUGAAAGCUCAGAAUGAGAGAGAGAAGUUUGCCUUUUGCUCUGUGAGAGGCUGUGAGAGAAUCAAGAUUAAAGCAUUGAUCCCAAAGAACUCUGGAAUCAGUGACUGUGAAGCUAGAGCUUACCCAAAAUAUGCUGAGAAAGCUGUCGUGGAUGUACCAAUGCCAAAGAAACUUCUUGGUGCUCAGCUGAAAACAAAGGACCACUUUCUGGAGGUAAAGAUAGAAACUUCUAAAAGCAGAUUCUUCCAUCUUCUGAAUGAUUUUGCCUAUAUUGAAGUUGAUGGUAAAAAGUUUUCUCUCUCUGAAGAUGGCAUCCAAAUGGUUGUGAUUGAUGGGAACCAAGGGAAAAUUUUGGGCCGUGUUAGCUUCAGGAACACCAUUCUGCAAGGAAUUCCAGCACAGAUCCACAAUUAUGUGGAUGCUCUACCUAACAAUUCCAUAAUAUUGAUAGCAUCAAAGGGAAGAUACAUUUCCAGAGGUCAAUGGACUAGAGUCCUAGAAAAGAUGGGAGCAGACAACAAUCUUAGAUUAAAAGAAAAAAUGGCUUUUGUGGGUUUCAAAGGCAGCUUCCGGCCCACGUGGGUAACCAUGAACACCGCCGAAGACAAAGCCAAAGUCUUUGAGCUGGUACCCAUCCCUGUGGUGAAGAAGAAGAGGCUGUGAGCCCCCUCCUGUCCGUGUUUGUGAUCCUGCUGUUAUCACUACCUGAGUGGACUUUGUUACUACUGACCCUCCUGAGCUGAGACCAGCUGGUUCUCCAGCCCUCUAGAAAUGUGCCAUUCAGGAGCUGCGUGUGAUAGCCCCGUCUUAUCACCAAUGGACCAAGAGGGCCACUGGGAACAGAAACUUGGUGCUAUCCAUCCAGCGAGAUGGCUGGCGAUUGCUGCUCCUUGGAAGAUGCUGACUAAUGCUGGAUAUGCUUUCUCCCCUGAGGGACAACUGCAGUUGUACAUUUUUGUAGUGUGCUCUCCCUCUCCUCCUGUCUGUGCCUCAUGAGGGUUUUGGGUUUUUUGGUGGCAUAGGAGGGAGGUUCUGGAUCACUUUGAUCUCAAGGAUCAAUUUAGUCUUCACCCAGUGCAGGGAACUCCAGUCCAAAUGGGAAAUUGUGAGAGGAGUUUUGUAAUAAUUUUCAAAGCUCAAAAGCAAUCUACCCCACUGAUCAUUCAUGUUCUUUAAAAAAGUAGCCCAAGGCUGUUGGAUAUGUGAAAAACAGCCCUGAUACUAAGGUCAUUUUUCUUCCUCUGCAAAAAGUUUUAGAGUUGCAUGAAAUGAGGAUGUGACGUCUAUUUUCUGAUAUCAACAGUUGACGGGUAGAAGAGCAUUGAUGGCCACUACAAAAGUCCCUCAAAUACCUGUCAUCCAGAUCAGCCCAUGUUGGUACUCUAAAAUUGGGGUUUUCAUCCCAUGUCUGCAGAAGAUAAUUUUUUUUGGAGGAUAAACUUUUAUCCCUAGUAUUGACUAGUAUAUGACUAGUAUUAGUCAUGCCCCAGGUAUAUGCUGAGUAUCUGAAGUAAAGAAUAUCCCUGGGUCUGACCAAAGCAAUAAAGGUCAGGAAUCUCAAGUUCUCCACCACUACUGACCCCAUGAGAUGGUGCUUUCUUGUGACCUGGGAUAUCCAAUAGAAAAGCAUCCUGUGAAACUACUGAAUACUUUUGUAUAAUAGGAAGCAUCAAAUUUUGUAGCUAGAGAGGACUAUGAAAGAUCAUCUAAUCCAAUUCCCUCAUUUUACAAACAGCUAAAAAGGGGAGCGUGGCAGAGAGUGGAAGCCAUUUAUCCAAGCUAGUUAGUGGCAGAGCUGAUAUUAGAACUCAGAUCUUUCCUCUCCACUGCACCAUGAUGCCUCAAACUUUAGUCCUGAGUGCUCUCAUGAAACUCUUAAACAGCUUCUAACAAUUAUGAAAUGAUUUUAAAUGCCUUUUUAAAGUAAAAACACUGCCCAGCCCAGGCCAAUGAUCAAGCACCAAUCAUUUCCACUCCAAACCUGAAACCAAGUAACCGUUCUUGGUUUCUGAGAUGGCUUUUACUCUUCAUCUUUAUCUACUCUGCUUCAGAUGCCAUAUUCUGUUCUGGGAUUCAUCUGGUGCUUCCAGAGGCUCUGGAUAUGUAGGGUUAUCGAGGAAAGAUCAAUUAGGGCAGUGGUGUUAGAUAAAACAGAAAGAUCCCUGUCAGCAGGUUUCAUAUUGACUUAUAAAACCACAAAUUAACAUUAUCUACUUUAUGUUGAUUUUUAUGCAUUUUGUUAAAUAUUUUCCAAUUAUAUUUUAAUCUGGUUUGGGCCAUACUCUAAACAGAGGCCAUGAUUUUGACACCUCUGCUUUAGGGCAUUUCUCUGGGACCAAAAAUAUUUACAAGCCAUUUGGCCAUACCUGGAAUUUCAAAGGACUCAUGCACCAUGUCUUAAAUGUUCCUGUUUUCUCCCCCUGGGGGCUUCCUACCACUUUUUCAUCUUAAUUGUUUUCCUUAUAAAGAACCUUGGAAUGAGCCCCUUGAAGGAAAGACACAGCUGUGAUUGAAAUUAUCCUCAUCACUAAAUUAUGUAUUUGUAGGCUCAAGUCCUCUCAAUGUUCUUGUUUCUGUAAAUCUUGAUAUGAUUUGGGCUUUUUGUCUCCCCCUCCAAACUACUCCUUUGUUCCUUUCAAAAAGAGCUAAUGAUACUCUUGUAUAAAUUAUACCUCUUAGACAAUAAUGAGUUACCUCCCCAAAAAUAUGUCAACUAUUGGGGAUCACACAAUCAGUCGUUGCUUCAACUCAUUAGUCCACUCUACCCAGGCAAGAAGCAAUCAUAUGCAUGGCUGCUUCUUUCUUAACAAAUUACUAAGUUCUCAGGGUAAAAUCUUAUGUGUCUUCGAAACCAAUUAUUUUUUUUUGGAGGGAGGAGAGGAAGAAUAGGCAAACCUCAUUUAAAGGCAUUGAACUUUUAUUGAUUCUCCACAGUUUUACUUCCUUUGUUUCCCAGAUUUAAAAAAGAAAAAAAAAAAAGGUCUCCUACUGUGAAUCACUUGGGAUGUGAUCCCUAUAAGGUGACCAAGAGUUAUAAAUAGUUUCAUAAAUCAUAUGUCAGUCUUUUAAAGAAUAAGUAUUUGGGAAUACAGCGAGUUGCAUGUAUGUAGCACCUAGGUAACUAACUAGUGAAUGAUCUGUGCAUUUGUUUGUUUGUCUAAAUUAGCACAAAUGACCCAUAAAGACCAGAUAUCUGGGCAAGUUCUCUUCAGUACUCAUAUUUUAUUACUAUUUUUCCAGAAAGGGCCUCUUCCUUCCAUCUCCAUUAGUAAAGUAUUAGACUUAUGCAGCAUAUUAGAUUUUUGCUUUGUUUCCUCACCAAAAAAAAAAAAAAAAAAAAAUCUCUUCUAAAACUCUUGUCUCUUUCAUGUUGCCCGAAAUAGCUGGUCCUUUUUCGGAAGUAGAUGUAUAAUUUUUGUAUGUAUACAUUUCUUAUAGACUUCACAAGGAGAAAGAUAUAUUUUCUAUUUAUUUAUUAUAAAGGCACUACUAGAAGUCAUUUUCAAAGAAAUGAAGAAUUGUAUUAAAUUUUGUGUCCACUCACUUCCAGACAGAUGAAUACACAAUUGAAAGUGUCCCCUGGACCACAAUACAUGAAUCUAUUUGAAGACUUCAUUGUUCUAAAAAUAGUAGGUUACAAAAGAAUUACCCUGUUAUAGUUUGGAAUAAUUGUCACAUAAUAAAUAUUCAAAUUUA